GUUCACGUAGGAUGAGCACAAAUAGACCUGAGGAGGUCAACAUAACCCAAAGACUUGUGUUCACACAAAGCACUUUGUUUGUAUCAGAUAGAGUAAGACCUUCAGUCUUCUGCAGAGCGAUUUUUAACGCAUCAAACAUCGCUACUAAGAAUGGGGCUCCUACUCGCUUUUAGGCUUCUCGCCGUAACAUCAUGUGUCCUCAGUUCUGCCUUUGCGGACCAAAUGAAUGUCUUCUCAGAGGACAUCUUAAACCAGCUGUCAGAGGAUGGUGAGAAGCUUGUGAACGAGGAGCUAAGAAGAGCUCUGUACGGCGUGAAACAGAUGAGGGAGGUGAUGUGGAGGAAUGAGCAGAAGCACGAGCACCUCAUGAACUCUCUGAAGCACAACAGCAACAAGAAGAAGGGAGCAGCCCAACUGGCAAAGGAUGUGACUGAGAAGCUGGAGGAGGCAGAAGAGCAGUGCAAGGACUCCCUGCAGUCAGAGUGGGAGGAAUGCAGACCCUGUCUGGAGGAUGCAUGUAAAACCUUCUACACCUCCACAUGCCGCAGGGGCUUUGCUUCUUUCCACACUAAGGUGGAAACAUUUUUCCAAAGAGUCUCCAGGCGGUUUGGUCCCAGAGAGCGGCCCCUGGAAGCAGGGGACAUCUUGGUGAACCAGGGCCCUGAUAAAUCGGAGACAGAUGUUCUCCAAAUUGAGGAUUCCUUCAGGCGAGUGAUAAGCAAGGUGGGGACUCUGGUGAACCGCAGCAUCACCUUGGUCUCCAGGAUGAGCAGCAAUCUCGACAGAGUCCUGCAGAAGGCUUUCCUAAACAACACGGAUGUACUGUCAGAGGAAAGUACCUCCAAUCCCUACGACCCCGGGCAUGACUCAGGCUUUCUGCAAGGCGUUGGGCUGGAGGAAGUGCUGGAGUCCUUCUUUGACUUUGGAAAGAGCGUGGUAGAGGAGUUUGGAGCUGUGGUCACCCAAGUGUUUGAUGACCUUCAUCAGACUGUGGAGGAGAAGACAAAGAAAGACUGGGAGAGCUUUCCUCGCUUCCUGCAGAACAGGAGACUUUGCAAAGACCUUCGCAGGCAGACUUCAGAGUGCUGGCAGCUUCAGAACAAGUGUGAGGCCUGCAAGGGAGCUCUGCUCACAGAGUGCCCAAGUGUUCGGGAGCUGCAUGUGGAGCUGGAUGAAAUAUCCCAGCUGCUGGACGUCUCCAAAGAGCAAUACGAGGAGAUCUUGUCCAUUGUCCAGCAUCAUACGGAUGAGACAGUCAAGUGGUUGAGCAACAUGGCAGCUGAAUUCAGUUGGGUGGCUCAGGCCGUGAGCAACAGCAGCGCUCCUCAAAACAUCUUCCGCAUCUCAAUGGUAGCACCAGAGAGCCACGAUGAGCAGAACAUGUCUGCCACUGAAACCAAGGUGGAGGUAAACGUCCUGAACUCUCCCCCUCUCAUACUCGACAUCCCCGGAGAGCUGGAGCUGCACGACCCAGCCUUCAUCCAGUACGUGGCCCAAGAGGCUCUGGACAAGUACAAGGAGUUGGUCAGGAUUGAAGAUGAGUAGAACUGCAAUGUCUUCUUCACCUUUGGCACUUUAUUUGUGGACACAGCUAGACGAUGUGUAGUAGACAACUUGAUGUUGAUUUACAAAGUACAGCUGUAACUAAUAAUUAACCGAAUGAUUAAAGCAAAUGUGCUUUCUUACAGUUAAA